AUGGCGUCGCUACUCACAGCAAUUCCCGUGUUCGUUGUUCUACUUUCGAUUCUGAUAAUGGCUCCACCGUUCGACAAGGGAGUGAUCGUUGGUGACUUUGAUCCAGGAGAGUACACCGGGAAGCACAAUCCUCUCUCUGAUCCCAACAUUAUUGUCGAAGAUAUUUUCUUCUCUUCUCAUGGAGACAAAUGUCAUGCGUGGCUCUAUUCCCCACCACCCCCACCCAAAAAAGAAACACCGACUGAUGGCGAGGAAGAGCCUACCACUGAAGAAGAAGAGCAGCCAAAAUUCCAGCCCCGACCAGUCGUCGUAAUGGCCUCUGGAUUUGGAAAUCAGAAAGAUGUUGGCCUCGAUCGAUACGCCGAACGGUUUGUCCAGGCUGGGUAUGCCGUUUUUACGUUUGAUUACCGAAGCUUUGGACCUAGCAGUGGAACCCCAAGAAACUGGGUCUCCCCGAAACGACACAUUCAAGACUACCAUGCUGCCAUUGAAUACAUCGAGUCUCUCCCAGAAAAUCUAAAGGGAAAAGUAGAUCCCUCCAAGAUUCUCUUGUGGGGAACCUCCUAUUCCGGAGGCCAUGUCUUGGAAGUUGCUUCGCAGCGACUCGAUGAUGCCAACAUCAAAGGAAUUGUUUCGCAAGUGCCACAUCUUAGCGGAAGCGUUGCUGCCGUGAGAGGCAUCAAACGAAGAGGAAUUCCAAAGACGCUACGCAUGUUCCUUGCAACCGCCCAGGAUCUGGCCCGACAAUUCUUGGACAUGCCCCCGGUGUGCGCUCAAAUUAUCGGUUCGGGCAAUGAUUUGGCCGCCAUGUUGGUCGAACCGGAAGAGCACCAACGCUACAUUAGCAGACUGCCCGAGAAACGGCUAGGUGGGUGGCAAAAUCAAGUCCCCGCACGGUCGAUACUAGACUUUCGAAUGUACAAUCCGCUCGAUACACUGAAGAAGCAACAAUCCGAUCCCAGUACAGCAAUCAAGAUUCCCAUUCUCAUUAUCACUGCGACACUCGAUACAUUGACUCCUCCGGACUUGGCCGAGGAAGCAGCUCAGUUGCUGCCUACCUCGAAGAUGAUUCGCCGAGAAGCAACGCACUUUGCAAUCUACGAUCCCGACAAUUCGAUACCCGUGGCUGACGAAAUGGCCAAGUUUUACAACGAUUGUUUGGCUUCCUAA